UGCAAACAAACAUGCGAAGCCGUUCUAAGUUGUAAAGACAAAACGUGAUUUGUUCUGAAUUUUCGUUUCAUACAGUUUAUUUUCUCUAAUACGACGAUGGGUCGUUCAAAACGUAAAUUACGUACGAUCGGGCCGGUCAGUAAUGCAUGGGCGAUAAAAAUACCGCAAUUCAAGAAGGAGGACAAUCCUCACCGCCUGCUGGAAGAGAGCUCGUUCGCGACCCUGUUUCCCAAGUACCGGGAGCAGUACCUAAAGGAACACUGGCCGUUGAUUCAGAAAGUGCUGGAAGAGCACGCUAUCACGGCUGAGCUUGAUCUCGUGGAAGGUAGCAUGACGGUGAAAACUACUAGGAAAACGUGGGAUCCUUACAUCAUCGUCAAGGCACGCGACAUGAUCAAGCUUCUUUCACGAUCGGUUCCUUUCGAGCAAGCGGCAAGAGUUCUACAGGAUAAUAUUGCUGCUGACAUCAUAAAGAUAUCCUCUUUAGUCAGGAACAAGGAAAAGUUUGUCAAGAGGAGGCAAAGACUCAUCGGACCAAAUGGAUGUACCUUGAAGUCUAUUGAGCUACUCACCAACUGUUACGUCUUGGUCCAGGGUCAGACUGUAGCAGCGUUGGGGCCUCACAAAGGUUUGCAACAAGUAAGGCGAAUCGCGGAAGAUACUAUGAAGAAUAUCCAUCCUAUUUAUAAUAUCAAGGCAUUAAUGAUCAAACGAGAACUUGCCAAGGACCCAAAAUUGAAGAAUGAAAAUUGGGAGCGAUUUCUACCUAAAUUCAACAGUAAGAAUAUAAGCAAACGUAAGCAACCGCUGAAGAAGAAGGAGAAGAAACUGUACACUCCGUUCCCACCGCCUCAGCAAGAGAGCAAACUUGACAAGCAGAUGGCAACUGGCGAGUACUUCUUGAAUGAGGAACAGAAGAGGGCAAAGAAAAAGAAGGAACAAGAUGCCAAGCAUGAGGAGGCAACCAAGAGAAGACAGGAGUGUAGAGCUCAGGCGUUUAUUCCACCUGAAGAGAAACCUGUUGAAAGUAGCACUACAAAAACUGAUAUAGACAUUGAAGAAAUAAAAAAGAAAGUUGAAAAAGGGUUAAAGAAACGUAAAACAUAACAAUGUCAUAAUAUAUGUGAGCGAUUGAAUUUUAUUAUAUAAAUAAAAACUUUUAUAGAGUGUAAUGCUUUGUGACGCAUAAA